UUCUCACAACAUCAAGCGCUAGCUGCAGCUGCGACUGGAAGCUAACGCUAGCUGGAUCUAUUGUCAGGAUAUUUUAACCACAUAAACACAGCAAAACAUGUCGGAUACGGAGACAAAACCGUCCAGCGGAGACGGAGGGGACAAGAAGGACGGAGAGUACAUCAAGUUAAAAGUGAUCGGUCAGGACAGCAGCGAAAUCCACUUUAAGGUCAAAAUGACGACACAUCUGAAGAAGCUGAAGGAGUCUUACAGCCAGCGACAGGGAGUUCCAGCAAGCACGCUAAGGUUUCUGUUUGAAGGACAGAGAAUCGCAGACAACCAAACUCCGAAAGAG